AUCGUGGCUCGGUUAGCAUCUUGAGCUAACGGACUGCUUGGAGGAAACGCACUGUGGAGGAAGGCGCCCUGCGUAAAGAUAAAAGGCUACUUCAAAUAACCCCGGCUAAUCCUGUAGCUAACCAUUAUCCCUCCAUGGUGUCCAUGCAAGGCAGAUAGCGUUAAUAACCCCGCACUGCCACCGUAAUUAACCGCUGUGCAAGAUACAGACUGGGGUGCAACUGCGUUCCCCGUGGAGAGCCUCCCUUUUGGGGUCUUAUCAGUGUAGUGAUUUUAAAGUAAAGUCGACCAGUAUUUGUUAUCAGGAUGAAGUUACCGACUCACAGACAAUGUGCGAUGGAGGGAGAUGGGAAGAAAAUGGACCAAGCGCCUCCGUUCAGAAACCCUUUUGUACACGUUUUGAAAUUCACCCCCAUGGAAAAGGCAAAGAUAGCAGUCAUGACAGUCACACUAUUCCCCAUCCGUCUACUCAUAGCUGCAUUCAUGAUGCUGCUGGCUUGGCCUUUUGCCUUCCUGGCUUCAGUGGGACGCUCCGAAACAACCGUUGAACCCCAGUGCCUCUGGAGGAGAUUGGUCGACAUCAUUCUGAAGAUCAUCAUGCGGGUCAUGUGGUUUGCGGGUGGUUUCCAUUGGAUGACUGUAAAAGGGAGAAGGGCAUUACCUGCCGAAGCACCCAUUAUCACCCUGGCACCCCACUCUUCUUACUUUGAUGCCAUCCCAGUCACCAUGACAAUGGCCUCCAUUGUCAUGAAAGCUGAGAGCAAGGAUAUACCCCUGUGGGGCACUUUGAUAAAGUACAUAAGGCCAGUAUUUGUAUCACGAUCAGACCAGAAUUCAAGGAAGAAGACUGUGGAAGAGAUCAAGCGGAGAGCCCACUCUGGAGGUGAAUGGCCUCAGAUAAUGAUUUUUCCGGAGGGAACGUGCACCAAUAGAUCCUGCCUCAUCACUUUUAAGCCAGGGGCAUUCAUCCCAGCUGUACCAGUACAGCCUGUCGUGAUGCGGUACCCAAAUAAACUGGACACAAUCACAUGGACAUGGCAAGGGCCUGGAGCGUUUGAGAUCUUGUGGUUGACACUCUGCCAGCUACACAAUGAGUUUGAAAUAGAGUUCCUUCCAAUUUAUACACCCUCUGAGGAGGAGAAAAGAAAUCCUGCUCUCUUUGCCAUCAAUGUGAGGCGUGUCAUGGCCACAGCCCUAGGAGUGCCCAUUACAGAUUAUUCAUUUGAGGACUGCCAGCUUGCCAUGGCAGAAGGCCAGUUGAGACUGCCAGUUGACACCUGCCUGUUGGAGUUUGCUAAACUUGUCAGGAGAAUGGGGCUUAAACCCAAAAACACUGAGAAGGUUCUGCAGGAGUAUGGGAACCGUUCCAGGAAGCUGGAGGGACAGAAGCUGUGCUUGGAUGGCUUUGCUCAGUUCUUGGAUGUGCCUGUCUCAGACAUGCUACGAGACAUGUUUUCCCUUUUUGAUGAGCAUGAAGAAAACCGCAUGGAUAUCAGAGAAUAUGUGAUUGCCUUAUCUGUUGUAUGCAGACCUGCCAAAACUCUGGAAACAAUGAAAUUGGCCUUCAAGAUGUUUGAGGCAGAGGAGGAUGGUGCUAUCACACAGACAGAGUUGGCAGUUAUUCUGCAGACUGCUUUGGGAGUCAGUCACCUCAGUGUAACCCAACUGUUUGCUGCCAUUGACAGUGAAGACACAGGGAAGGUUACAUUUGAGAAUUUCAGGAGCUUUGUGGAGGAGCACAUUGACUUUGCAGAGGAGUAUCUAUACACAGAAAAUGCUGGCCUCCACAGUGGUACCUGUCAACAUCAGACAAAGCCAAGACUGUCCAUCCACAGCGUGCAUGCCACUGCCGACACCAAAAUAACUAAUGGUAUAUGCCCUGACUUCAGCCCCAACGACCAUGAGAGCACAAUAGAUGGACUCCUAAAGAAACACAACUGAAAGCGUUGAUAAUGUGGUGGGGGAAACAAACAUCUCUCCGGGCGAGAGGUUGUUGUGUGACGCAUACUUGGUAGUAGUUGUAUUUUUUUUUUUUUUUUUUUUUUUUUUUUUGAACUGUAAGGGACUACAUUUCAGUAACUACAAAGCAGUUGUUUACCUUACCUUUUUGCUAGUAUUAUGUCCAGACAUUUUUUUGGGGAUCGGAUUCUGCAUGAUAGCAGCUUUAGAGGUUUCUUUGACAUGAAUUUUUGAUUUCUGUAGCAAGGGUGGAGAAAAGGCCAACGUUGGCUGUUUCAGACACAAUGCGUAAAUACUUGAAGGGCACUUAAUAGUCACAGGGCAAUUUUUGUCCAUUUUUUUCUCGUUGCAAUUUUGAGUAGACUGUGCAUGUUUCUGGCAGGUUGAAAUCACGCCUUGACAAUGAAAGGAACAAAACUGGGGGAAAUUUAGACUUUGUUUUUUGUUUUUAUUACCUCUUUGCAGUUUUUUUUUUUUUUUUUUUUUAAAGGUAAGCGAGUGCAGUAUGUUUGGACGAGUGUUAUUUUAGGGCCGUAUUAAGGAAUACUUAUGUAACGACAGACACCUGAGUUGACCAGUGACAAUUGUUGGAUCACUUGAAGCAAUUUUACUGCAUCAAGCCACAUUUGAGGUGAACUCAGGUCACUAAGUUGACAUUUUUGCUAUGAGCUUGUUCUAUACAUAUAUUUAUACAAUAUUUUUCAUUUAGCUCAGGGUUCAGCAAAACAAAAAUGACAAGUAUACAUGUAUGAUGUCAUCAUUUUUGACUGGUUCUGUGCAUGUCUUUUUCUUCAUUGUAAGACAUCAGUACUGUUCUACCCAGUCAUUCUUUCACUCAUUCAAGUGUCUUUUUAUGCUGUGAUGACACAACGUGGACCAAAAAUGUGUUUGGUGAUAAGAUGUCACCUACUAUGCCUGUACUGUUCCUUUCAGUCAGUGGUGUAAUGGCUUUAAAGGGAAACUUAGGUGUGGCUUUUGAAAGCACAUUUGUAUUGCUGGCUGAGAUGCAUUUUAUAAAGGACACGUCAUACCUAAUUCCCUUUCUGCCUUACAUUGCCGUACAUUUUUAAUCAUUCCUAUUCAGUUCACAGCAUCUAAAGCUAAAUCAUGCUAAAGGGUCCUAUUUUUCUAUUAAUUCUCCGUACACUGACAUGCAACCGUUGGUCAGUAAUAAAUAAAGAAAUGUUUAGAACCAGUUCCUGCUGCCCAACAAUGAAAGCUAAUUUUAUGGUCUCAGUUGUUUUCAUGUUCAUUAAAAUUGUGAAAGGGAAAUUAGCACCUAUCUUGAACAGAUUAACCUUGGAUGGGUUGUUUCCUAAAGAAAUGUGUUUUUACCUUUUUAGUUUAUGACACUGUUUUUGAUUUAAUACCAUGUUUGCAUGUAUUCCUGUUCUGGCUUUCAGUGAAGCAAUAUUUCACUUUUUUAAGCCUUCUCAAAUAUUGUACUUCUGAAGAGUUCUAAUAUGUAUUUUGAAUAUUCCAAAUGCGGGACAUUUUGUGAAUUUUUGAUAUACGUAUAUGACUUAUUUUUGAUUAUUUUUAUUAUUUUCACUGCCAUUACAAAUAUCUGUGAUCUCUGCAGAUUGUAUUGCUGGUGGGGAAAAAUGAGCCACAUUCCGUUUUAUUUUGUUUCUUAUCUGAUACUGACGUUAAGUGCUGUAUUUCUCCACCACGGUGUUAAAUUAUUCCUUACUGCUUAGUUGACUGCUCCAAAACUAAAUGCAGAUUUUGUAGGGAAACCGAUAGCCUUGAAUCUAUAUAAUUUUUAUGCUUAAUAAGAGAAUGUAUAGACAAUCUUGUCACAAUCAGAAGCUACUCAAGCAAAAUGACAUUUUGUUUUCAGUUUUGUACACUUGUUAAUCCAUUUCUUGACUUAAGUUUUACGUUUAGGGCAUACAUGCUGAGCUAAGCAAACUAUGAGUGCACGAGUGUGUCAGGCCUUGAGAUGACACCAGCAUCGCAUGACAGGCCGCAUCACUUACACCCUCCAGAUUGUACGCACAUUUAAAUAUAUAUAUCUCAUAUUGAAUCUGAUGCUUUCCCCUCCCAUUCUCCUUUGCUCCCUCAAAUUUGUAUUUGUCCUUGCACUUUAGUUUUCUUUAUUUUAUAAAGAGAGUUCACAUAAUAAAGCAUGUUAAGUUAGUUUUCCUUUUUAUUAGGAAUAGUUCUAUUAUAUGCUACAGUAAUAGGAUUAGGCAGUAAGAAGAAGCUGCACCUAUCCCUGUUCAGAGGGAGUUUUGCUGACGGAUGCACCGUUUAGACCGACUCUUCUGCUUUGUCUUGGAUUGUUGAACAUUUACAGCAUGAAAAUGAAUGACUUUGCAAGCUUGGCAUUUAAAUGAGUAGAAAAAGGUUGCACCACAGAGUGGAAAUGCAUUACAUGUUAACAGGUUUUUAAUUGGAUAAUUUCCAAGUUAAUGUGAACAAAACCAUUCAGAUUUUGUACAUCUGGACAGGAGAGUGACUGUGAAGUACUACUGAAACACAGUGGCAAGGAUUUUACUUUAAAUGCAAUGUUUGGAAUCACAUAAAAUCAUUCCUCUGGUUGUAUUGGAUGCCGUACUUCAAAAGCUUAACUUACAAAGGUAAAGAUGUAGCUUAUGUCUGUAUUUACGCCUGCAAAUGUCCUAACUGGGGAUGUAAACUUGCUUUUUUCUCCUUUUUUUUUUUUCUGUCUCCUUGCUGUCAUUCGGAAUCUUGUAUUUAUGCUGCCUGCUUAACACUGUUUGUCCAACAUUGAGCCUAAGAAGAAAGAUGUUGUGUACUCUUUACAGAGCGAUAUUGUCUUUCUGAUGGCUCACUGCUCGUGGUCUGAGAAACUGUUUCCUUUGUAGCUUUACUUGAACUCUUUGUCUAUACUCAACAUGUUUUAUUUUAGCAGUGCAUUUUGAUGAAGAGUCAUUAUGGCAAGCUACUUUGAAUUUGUCUCUUAAGGACUGCUAUGAUGUAACUUGUUAAUGUGACUCUUGGAUUUCAUUAAAAAACAAAAGCGAACAGCAGGUAUGAUUGAACAGGUCAUUGUGUGGUGGGGGUGCUUGUGUGUUUUGUAUGUUUGACGGGAGGACUGGUGAAAUUAAUCUUAAAGUGAGUUGUCGCUUUUGUGUUUACAGUACCUGGUAUGCAGAAUUUCACUUAAAACAGCUUACAGAAAUUGAUCGGCUCUGUCCACAUGUGCAUCUUUUUAAGAGAAAAAGUAAUGAAAGUUGUGAAAAAUACCUGGCUAGGAUUGAAGUAACUCCUGAUUAUAAUAUUGAAUACAAAAAAGCUGAAGUACGGUUGU